UGCUGAGUCCUCUGGCAAGCAGGCAGAGUUUAUGCCUGAGCCUCCCAUCGUCCGGUCCGCGCACCGACACGCCGCAGUCCGCCUCAGCACCGCCGCCGCCCGCAAUGCCCUCGGACACCGCCGCCUCCUGCUGCCUCUGAGCCGGACCUCAGUGCCAGGACUGUCGCUCACUCACCUCCGCGCUGCCUGAAACUACUGAGGAACCGAGGAGGAUAAACACGGUGCGGGAUUUCACUGCAGAGGACCAGCCGGUUGUUUGGGAGGGAGGGAGGGAGGGGGAGCGCCUGUCACAGGCUUCAGCAAAGCAUCAACCUCCAAGUCUCCGUGCAUGGAUGCAUCAUGGCUACGUUUAUGUGCAGGGUGCAGUUCUUAGAUGAUACUGAUCCGUUCAACAGCACCAACUUCCCAGAGCCCACCAGACCACCUCUGUUCACCUUCAGGGAGGAUCUUCCUCUGAUCAAUCAGAUCGCUGGAGUCCACAGGCUGCUCAAAGCCCCACACAAGCCUGAUGACUGUGCCCUUCAGCUGUCCCAUAGUGGUAGCUAUUUGGAUCUGGAGUCCACCUUGGCUGAACAGAGAGAUGAGCUGGAGGGAUUUCAGGAGGAUAGAGGGAGGGGCAAGAAGCACAGCAUCAUUCUUCGAACACAGCUUUCAGUCAGAGUUCAUGCCUGCAUUGAGAAACUUUACAACUCCACGGGACGGGAGCUACGGAGAGCGCUGUUUUCUCUCAAACAGAUUUUUCAGGACGACAAAGAUUUGGUGCACGAGUUUGUGGUGGCUGAAGGACUGACGUGUCUGAUAAAAGUGGGAGCUGAAGCAGAUCAGAACUACCAGAACUACAUCCUCAGAGCUUUGGGUCAGAUCAUGCUGUACGUGGACGGGAUGAACGGACUCAUAUCUCACAGCGAAACGGUCCAGUGGCUCUACUCGUUGGUCGGGUCAAAGUUUCGUAUGGUGGUUAAAACGUCGCUUAAGCUGCUGCUGGUGUUCGUGGAGUACACGGAGAGCAAUGCCGCCCUGCUCAUACAGGCUGUGAAUGCUGUGGAGACCAAAAGAGGAACAAAACUUUGGUGGAACAUCGUGGAGAUCCUGGAGGAGAAGGAUGGGGUGGAUUCUGAGCUGCUGGUGUUUGCAAUGACACUCAUUAAUAAGACCCUGGCGGGCCUUCCAGACCAGGACUCCUACUAUGACAUGGUAGACUGUCUCGAGGAUCAAGGCCUCGAAGCCACAGCCCUGAGACACCUGGGCAGGAAGGGCACAGACCUCGAUCUUGUGGAACAAUUCAACAUCUACGAGAUGACUCUCCGCCACGAGGAUGGGGAUGAUGAAACCCAGCCGCCCCCGAGUGGACAAAAGGACCGGAGGAGGGCUAGUCUAGGAGGGACCAGUGAGAGACGAGGCCUGGAGAGGAGACGGAGCCGGAGACAUUCCCUUCAGAACAGCAGAGAUCAUACCUCAGCUCCAGCUUCCCCAAAGAGUCCUCACGCUCAGUCCAGCCGCUUCCUGUCCGCUGGCGGUCAACGGGUCGAAGACAUCAGUGAGAGAGAAGAGGAAGAGGAAGAAGAAGAGGAGGAUGAGGAUGAGGAGGCAAUUGAUGAAAGUCACCCAGUCACUGAGCCUUCUAGGCAGGGCGUCCGCAGUGUGGCUCCAGAUGUAGCAGACACUAGCAUGUGUCUGAACUUUAAGUGUAUGGCCAACAUCCUCCCUAAAGCCCGAGACCCUGAAGGGCAGAGAGAGUUUCUCAGCACCGAGACAAGAGCAUCUUCUCCUGUGUCCAUCGCACCUAAAAAGAGGACCUUUAGUCCUUGUCAAACAGAAACGACACCUCCUACAUCUUACGCCACUAGAAAGCCCUGCUGGGCAGAAAGAGUGAAUGCUGGGGGGUCUCCGUUCCCUGGAAGGCUCUCGAGUUCAGCACCGUCCACACUGGACUCCAAACCCGACAGACUGGUGUUUGGGAGCCUGCUGACAUCGUCAUACAGACAGCACCAGGAGUCGCUGGCUGCAGAACGAGAGAGGAGGCGGCUGGAGAGGGAAGAGCGUCUGCAGACGAUCGAAAAAGAAGAGAGGGGUCGCCUCAAUCGAGAAUACGUAGAGAAGAGGGAAGAAGUGAGACAGGCUCGAGAGGAAAGGUACAAAGCCGCCGAGCGCUCAGCUGCAGAACAGUGUGAGCGGGAGCGUCCCAGAGCGCCAACUAGAGGUCGAACUGAGAUCACGCUGUGCCUGAGCUCGACCCCGUCCAGCCGCUCUGCAUCACGCUGCGUCACGCCUUUUUCUGGCGUCUCACAGGAAGACGCCGUCUCCGCGGCACUCCGGGUGUUGGGAACAGAACGCUCCUCCGGUACAAGCCUCGGCCCCCAGGCCAGAACCAGAAGUCCAACACCAGAAGUAUCAACAUCAGCGCCUCCCUCUCCACCAGACGAGCCGCGGACCGAGAAGGAGCCUCCUGCGGAAAGGGACGGUACUAACGAGAGAGCCGCAGCACCGCCGGAGGAAGACUCAGGCCCAGAGACAGCAGAGACACAGGAGCAGCUAAAAGCCCCGGAGCGGGGUCCGAAUGAAGGAGCUGACGUAGACGAGGCUGAAGAUGUAGAUGUGGAGUUAGAGGAGCAGAGUGAGAUGGUGCAGCAGACAGGAAGGGACGUGGAAGACAGCGUACUGUUGAGUGCAAAGGAGAGACAGAACGAGGAAGUGAACGAAAAGGACAACUGCUCUGCAUCCAGCAUCUCUUCUACAAGCAGCACGCUGGAGCGGGAGGAGAAAACCCAAGUGGACGCAGCCCAGUGGACGAUAAAAGAGGGUGACGUGAGCGAGCAGUGUGAGAAGAUUCUGAACAACAAGCGCUUCAUGCUGGACAUGCUCUAUGCUCAGAAGACAACCCCCGAGAAGGAUGCAGGAGAACCGGAGAAGGAAACGUGUAAAUGUGAGAAAGAGAGGGAGACGAGCGAUUCUGUGAACAGCUUGGUCAGCAGGAUCUCCACUCUGGAGGCAGACAGACAGGCCAGAGAGGAGAAGGCAAUGAAAAUGGAGUUGGGACACCUGGACAACCAUGGCAGCGUUCGAGCCGUGGCAGAGAGGUUUGGAGAUCUGGUGAAAGCUCUCACACCUCCGCCGGAGGGAGAGGCCUCCAAAGAGCACCAGCAGACCGACAAAGCAUCAGCUGCUGCUUUAACCCCGAAGAAGGAGUCGGAUCAUAUCUGGGAUCAGCUGAUGGCUGCGCCCCGGGAGCUACGCAUCAAAGAAAUGGACUUCACAGACCUGAAGGACGAAGACGACUUGGACAUCCUAGAUAUGGAUGGAGUGAUGGGGUCCCCAACUCUACCAUGCAGCUCUGCCCUCCCACCUCCCCCACCCCUGUUUGGGUGCCCCCCACCUCCUCCCCUCCUCAGCAAAAUGAUGCCCCCACCCCCUCCAUUUAUGGUUCCCGUUCCACCCCCCUCCCCCCAGCUGAGUCGAGAGGAGACACCUCUGUUCCAGAAGAAGAAGAAGACCAUCCGUCUCUUCUGGAGCGAGGUGCGUCUUGUGGACUGGCAGUGUAAGAGUCACAAGUUCUGUAAGGAGACCCUGUGGUCCAAACUGGAGCCCAUUAACCUGGACACGUCCAAACUGGAGCUGCUGUUUGAGACCAAGUCCAAGGAGCUGUCCGUCACAAAGAAAGCUGCUGUCGAUGGCAAACGAUCAGAAAUCAUUGUCCUGGAUUCAAAACGCAGCAACGCUAUAAACAUCGGACUGACGGUCUUACCUCCCCCCCGCACUAUCAAAACGGCCAUCCUUAACUUUGAUGAGUAUGCACUAAACAAAGAAGGCAUUGAGAAAAUCCUCACAAUGAUCCCGACUGAGGAGGAGAAGCAGAAGAUCCAGGAGGCUCAGCUGAUGAACCCGGACGUUCCUCUGGGCAGCGCCGAGCAGUUCCUGCUCACCCUGUCCUCCAUCACGGAGCUGUCGGCCCGUCUGCAGCUGUGGGCGUUCAGGAUGGACUAUGAGCUUGUCGAGAAGGAAGUGGCAGAACCUUUGCAGGACCUGAAGGAGGGAAUGGACCAACUAGAGAAAAACAAGACACUCAAAUGCAUCUUGACCACACUGCUGGCGAUUGGUAACUUCCUCAAUGGAUCAAAUGCCAAGGGCUUUCAGCUGACUUACUUGGAGAAAGUCCCAGAGGUGAAGGACACGGUCCAUAAGCAGUCGCUGCUGCACCAUGCCUGCUCCAUCGUGGUGGAGAAGUUUCCAGAAAGCACCGAUCUGUACUCAGAGAUCGGCGCCAUCACUCGACUGGCCAAGGUGGACUUUGACCAGCUUCAGGACAGUCUGGCUCAGAUGGAGCGAAGGUGCAAAGCAUCAUGGGAUCACCUUAAAGUCAUCGCUAAACAUGAGAUGAAACCAGCGCUGAAGCAGAAAAUGUCCGACUUCCUCAAAGACUGUGCAGAGAGGAUUAUAAUUCUCAAGAUUGUUCAUCGCAGGAUUCUAAACCGGUUUCACGCCUUUCUGUUGUUCCUCGGCCAUCCGAUAUACGCGGUGCGUGAGGUCAGCAUCCAUCGCUUCAGUAAGAUCCUGAGCGAGUUUGCCCUGGAGUAUCGCACAACGAGGGAGCGCGUGCUGCAGCAGAAGCAGAAGAGGGCCAACCACAGAGAGAGAAACAAGACCCGGGGCAAAAUGAUAACAGAUAGCGAGGAAGACGAUGAUAGCGAGAGUGGUAAAUUUGGUGCUGCCCCAUCAGACGCCCAGGAGAGCCAACCUCAGGGGAUGCAGGACGCUGAAGACGCAGCUGAGCACGAGAACAUGAAGGCCGUGUUGAAAAGCAACCUGCCGGACGGAGAGAGCAACACAUCAGCGGUGCCGGGUCUCCGAACCCGAACCAGAGCCAGAGCCGGCGCCAUCAGAGGACGUCUCGGCCCGUGGUCCUCUGCCACUGACGACCCAGUAACCUGCACAGACGACACAGCUGAUGAGAUCAUGGAGCGGAUCGUGCGGUCAGCCACUCAGGGCCCCUGUCAGCGGACGCAGCCUCGGGAGCGCAGGCGAUCCAGAGCCAACAGGAAGUCACUGAGAAGAACCCUGAAGAGCGGCCUGACAACAGAGGAGGCAAAUGCUCUCGGCUUGUCCAGCGGUUCUGAGAUGCAGGUGUGAUCUGGACCGGGUUCCUGCUGGACAUGAGGACACCUGUAGGACCCUUCACAGCCCCCCCCCCCCCCCCCCCCCCCCCCCCCUCCUCCAAACCACUAAGCUUUGCUUCCUCUGACUGAACACAUAUGAACUGCCUUUGCAAAGCUUCAAUUACAAUUGUCCCUGAAACAUGAAAAAUGCACAAGAAUCACUGAAAUUUGGGGGGGGGGGGGGGGGGCAUGCAUCCUGUGAAACCUGUGGCCUUGCCUGGACCCAGAGAACCAGAACCACGGUCCAGACCUGAAGCCUCACUAGGACUCACCAUCUGGCCCUGCAGCUUCAAGCUGAGCGGAAGGACGUUGCAUCUUUUGAAUAGAUGUCUGGUUCUGUUUAGUACUACUGGGUCGAUCGGUUUCAUGUUGCUCUACCAGGUGCUAAAACGAGGAACAAUUGCACUGGACGUAAAGCGCUGGGCAUCUAUGGGAAGUGAGAUGGUUGACACCGAUGAAACCACUCAUGACACCUGGCGCCGUAAAGCAGCUGUUCACCAGCAGCACAGAACUUUACACGACUGAUCGAAGCUGGAACGAAGGACUCCUCCACUUUUACAGUGUAAUGUUUUACGUUUGUAGGGAGACGUAAAUAUCAGUGUUGCUUCCUCUGAUCCGUUCUGGCGUUAGAAGCAGGAACCGCUCAGAGGCAGGCGGGCGCAGACUAACCUUUACAGUUUAUUUGUAGAGUCUAUGAGCUGCACGUGUCAGUGCCUUGAAGAGGUGGUCAGUUAUUUAUUAAGAGGUUUUCAGGGACUUGUAAUCACAACUCGUUACUGCAGGUGUGUGACCUGCGAAGGGAUAUAUGUGUGUUUUUCCUCUCCUUCAUGUUCCAGACGAUACUGUAGCUCAGAGAGAACAGCUCACCGGUCCUACUGUACAGGCAGUGGUGGUUAUGGGAUGUAGGAAUGGGACUCGGUAGAACAUCACCGGGUCCUUUUUCUCAUUCUAAAGCUACAUUCAUGUUCAGAAGUCCUGAGCCAUGACACCCCUGACUUGGACGACUGAUAUGACUUUCUAGUCAUUUCUAAAUGUUUUUAAACUUUUUGUUUCUACUCGUUUUCAGCCUGGUGGUCAUAUAGUCGGAUGUUACGUCGUGCAACGGACCAGUGACUCGUUUAGGAAUAAAAACACACGUCUGAGGAGAUGAGCCACAUUUAACAUCUCAGGAUAACCAUGAGUUGUUCCUAUUGAUCAAAAAACAGUUUACUUCAUUUAGCCGAACAGGAAGUCCGUUAAACUGUUUGUUAACCAAAAUGACUCCUAAAGAGCGUUUGGCUGAAACCGUUGUACUUUGAUACUCUGUAAAUUAUUUAUUUGGAAGUUUAAAGAAAGUGGAAAAAGUGAAGAUAAUGUAUUUAAACAUAAACAGGCCUUUAAACUGAUUUACCACCGAGGAAGAAUUUUUCCCAGAAUGACUGAUCCGAGACAAACCCACAAUCUCUGCACGCCUUUGCUGGUCCGGGACCCACUUGAGCACAACUGAAUCGUUUCAAAUCCUUUAGUAGCGGAGGUGAUCUGUUGAGCUUUAGGUUUUCUGGAGGAGUUUGUGUAUCAGUUGUUCUGUUCUGCCCCACAGAGCCUUCCAUGUGAACAUAACAGUGGCUCAAGACUUUUGCACAGCACUGUAAACAUUUAGGUGACCGAAGUUGUGAUUGUUAAAAUUAUGUACAUCGUAUUAAGGUGACUCGACCUGAGCCGGUUACCGUUUUGAUCAGUAAUGUCUUUUCUCCAACCAUCUAUGGGCGCGCGCGCACACACACACACACACACACACGCUUCAGACCAUUCUAGAGGCCUUGACUGAGUUUCUAACGUUCAUAUUUUGAGUCUGAUCAAAGAUUAAAUUACAAAGUUUCACUGUGACGGAUUUGCAGCCACUGAGAGAAACCGUGAAGACGAACAUCACAAGGCACCAGCACAACAAUCUGUAGUUUACUGGAAACGUUUCAGCACCUUAGACUCACACUUGCAGAAUCCCGCUGAGGAGAACCGAAGGAACCCGGCCCGUCUGAAUAAGGAAACACGCGGUGGAAGUAAUUAGGGGAAUGCUGUAUGAUGGUGUACAACUUCUUUGUGUUUUGUUUUUCCAUGUGGGAGUGUGAUGAUUAAAAACAGUGUUAUUCUAAAUGUAAUUUAAGAAAACGCAGCCAUGCAUGGUUUUAAAGGUGAGACGCUGACUUUGGCUUUCGUGCACUUUGCUAAAUCUUUUCUACGUCAUCCUAAAACAAGCGUAGUCGAACCUGCGGUGAUUACAUUUACCAGCAACUUCCUUUCAAACUGCUGCCUGUGCCAUGUCACUGGAACUUAAGUGCUAUAAAACCGAGGCUUCCAUCACGUCUACGCCCACAGCAACAACUAUGUAACAGUCAUAAUAAAAGGCUCAUUCAAACA